AUGCAGAACCAGCAGCAGAGCCACCGUCGUCAGCCAGAACUUUCUGGCCGGCUUGUUUAUGCUGAUGCGCGCAGCCUGCCGUCAUAUCCGUCUGCAGGCCUGAAAGACGACAGCACAGCUGCCAGCAUCGCGGCCGCCAUCGGCUGGAAGAGCCAGCUGCAGUCGCCCAGCGACGGUACGGCCUCGCCGCCGCCGAGCCGUCCAUCGAGCACGCCGGCGAACGCAGACUCGCUCAAGGCAGCCACCACAGCAGCCUCAGCAGCCGCAGCUGCUCUGUACCAGCGGCCGCCGUCAGCCAGCCCGGACCCACCACCAGUGCCGGUGCCCGUGAUUGUAGAGCUGCCGGGAUCGUCAGACGUCGGCAGCACGGCCGGAUCAUCGAUGGCUGCAGCCACGGCAGCCAUUGGGUCUGCCACCAGUCGCCACCGGCGCACGGCCAGCGGCGACUCGGCCAUCUCGCCAUCGAGCAGCGCCCCGUCGUUGCACGCGGCCAAAGGAGCGAUGAAAGCGGCACCACAGCAGCAGCCGCAGCAGCGGGCGCGACACCGCAAGAGCUACUCGUCGCACUAUCCGGACGGCACAACCACGAUGACGCCGGAAGCGGCCAACGCGCUCUCGGCUGCCACGGCUGCGAGUGACCGAUUCAGCUUCGUGGGUGAGGCCGGAGCUGUGCCGUACACCAAGAUGGACAGGCAGAUGUUCACAGCGACACCGCCGGUGGCGCUGGAAACCGAGGACAAGAAGCACAACGACAUGCUGCAGGCGUCGGCGGUGGAGAUGGCCCGACGCAUGUACAACCCGACGGCCGAGAAGGGCGACAAGGGCACGACAGCGGCAGCGGCACCGUUCACGUCGAGGCUGCAGGAAGAGGCGUACAGGCUGGCGCAGGUGCGAUUGGAGAAGCUCAAUCAAGAGCACCAGAAGAACCGGGACUACCGGGACCACUACGUGGACCCGAAGCCAACGUCGUCAGCCGACGGGGCUGACUCGGACGGGCGAUCGUCAACGACGAUGUCGAGCCGAUUUGCGGUGCGCAGCCGCCUGCAACGACGGCGUCGGGCGUCGAGUGACAGCGAGGUGGUGCCGGAGCAAGUGUCAGAGCGAGUGUCGGAGCAGCGGCAGCCAUCAACGGACCUACGCGGCGCGGCCGAGGUGGACUAUGACAAGCGGCGACGGGACCGGCAGUCGGUAAUGGCAGCAGCCCAGCGCAACGUGCGAGCACAGCUGCACGAUAUUGACGAGCAGGUGUACGCGAACACGGGCAGAGUGCGGCCGUCGUUGCGGACGACGUGGGAGCACAAGGCGGCCAGGACGGCACAGGCGCGCAGCGAUGCUCGACUGGACGCACAACCGCUGGCCAGCGAGGUCGAUUUGGGCGGUGGGCGGUUCAUGGCGCGCUCCGAGGUCGAGCGGAUCGCGGCCGCGCGCGUGCAGCCGCUGCUGGAUGAGAUCAACGACAAGGCCGAGCAGGAGCGCGAGCGCCAGGCCGUGCUGAAGCAGGACGAGCAGGACCGCAAGGACGAGGCCCAAGAACUCAAGGCACGCGACAAGGAGAUGAAGGGAAUGUACGUGCGGCUGAAGCGGGAGGACAAGGCGGCAAAGAGGGACAAAGGCAGUGAGCGAGCACGGGACGGCAGUGGUAUCGAUGAUGACGAUGACGACAACAUCAACAACGACGACAACGAGGCCGAGCUCAUGACGGCUGCCGCGAGCGAUGGCGGGCACUUGUCGCCGUCCGUGUCGUCACAGGUAUCGCCGACGUCACCGACGUCGCCCACAUCGCCAGGACGGCUGUCGAAGCUGUUUGCGCGAACAUCGAGACUGCAGAGCCGCAAGGCUGUGGCGGCCGAGGAAGUCCCAGUUACGACGUCUACAACGUCAGCUGCUGUGGUCCCGGCGGCUUCUGUGGUCCCAACUACCCCGACAGCUCCGGCAGCCCUGGUUGAGUCUGCAGACCUGAGCCCGGCAGCGGUUCCUCGCCUCGAGACAGAAGUCCCAGACGAGACCGGAGAAGGCCAGGCCCCGGAAGAGGUGUCGCCGCAAUCGCCACAGUCGCCGCAGUCGGAUGCAUCGUCGUCGGGCAAUCCCAAGGCGCGCGUCAAGAACUGGAUCAAGACACGCUUCGCACGGCCGCGAGCCAAGUCGACCGUUUCGGCCACCUCAGCCACCGAAGGCUCUCCCUCCACCGAGCGUGCCUUCAUCGGUGGCCACACCCUGACCCAAUCCGGGGCAGCAUCCACGACCGCAGUCCAUCCUACUGGCUCUCCCGUCACGCCUGCUGUCGCUGCUGCCCCGGUGCAUACGCCUCCGUUGCAGGCUACCAUCCUGCCGGCCAUUCCGGUAGAUGGCAGCAGCCUGGCGACUGGUUUUGGGGUCGGGACCGUCGAAGCCAUCGGAGCCGUCGGGACCGUCGGGACUGCUGCAGCAGUCGGUCUGCCGAGACAGGUCGAGAAUGGCGAGAAUGAAGCAGACGUGUCCGAAAUGUCCCCACACGAGAGGCAGCAGACCAGCGACGGGACCGAGAAGACGACAGUUGGCCAGAACACCCUGGCUGCCGAGACGCAACCGGCUGGUGGCAAUAGGUCCAGCUGGGACAGUCACGGAGGCUCCAGCAGCAUCUACAGCGCUGCUGCUGCUGCUACUGCUGCUACUGCCGCGACAGACAAGACGGACGGCGGCGAGCCACUGCAUCCGCCCGUGCUGACAGCCGAGCAGGGCGAAGACAAUGGCGCCGUGGAGAGCGUGGAGCGCAGUGUGUCGCCCCUGUCGGUGCCUCGAAGCAUCCGAAAUUUGGCGGCAAACAAGAGCGUCAGUCCGGUGCGCGACUCGCGCUUCUUGGAGGACUUGCACGAAACUGCUUAG